UUGUAGAAAAUCUGUCGUAUAAAAGUAUUACGAGAACAGAGAUGAAGAAGAAUAUUAAACGCAUCUUUACCUGUUGGUUUUCUCGAAUUGGACAUCAUAUUGGGUGUCAUCCUCAAUUGUACGUUUAUAUUUUCUUGACGAUAACAAUUGUCCUGGCAACUGGAUUCUUCAAAUUACGUAUUGUGAAAAAGUCCGAAUAUCUGUAUACUCCGAUCAAUGGAAGAGGAAAAUUGGAACGGAAUUCUGUCGAAUCAAUGUUUUCGUUUAAAACCACAGCUAACGUUGACAUCACUAGAGCCAGUCGAUUUGAGAAUAUCGGAUCGUUUAUAGUAGUAUCUAAAAACAACGAUUCACUUUUGAAUGAUAACGCUAUAUUAGAAUUGGUAAAAUUAGACAAAAUUAUUCGAAAUAUUUCCAUAUUUGAGAAUAAUAGUUUCUUUCGCUAUGAAGAUCUCUGUCUUCGAUCGAACCAGAAUAGAUGUCCUAGCAAUUUCCUGGCUUAUUUAAUAAGAAAAUACGAAGAUUUUAAACGUGGAAGAAAUUUUAUGAGAUACCCAUACGAGAGAAAUAGGUUUCAAGUACGAUUAACUGCUACUAAUAUUGGCGGAGUAUCAACAAAUGACGAUGGUUAUGUGCAAGAUUUCAAAGCAUUUUGUCAGUUUUAUUUAUUAAAUGGUGACUCAAUAGAAAAGAAGCAAUUGGCUUUAAAAUGGGAAAGAGCAUAUUUGAACACGUUAUCAUCUGUAACCUUUCAACAUAUUGAAGUUUUUAUGUACUCCGGACAAACUAACGAUAUAGAACCGAACAGAAAUACCGAGUUAAGUCUUCCACUUUUAUUUAUUUCUGGAGUUAUUAUGACAUCAUUCUCUUUCGUGUCUUGUUUAACGUUCGAUGCUGUACGUAGUAAACCGUUGAUUGGAAUUGCUGCCUAUUUCAGUCCCUUGCUGGGAACAGUAGCUGCCUUCGGUUUACUGUUACACUGUAAUGUAGACUAUGUUGAUACGAACGUCGCUGUUGCUUUCCUGACCAUAGGUAUCGGGAUGGACGAUUCUUUCGUAUUGUUGGCUGCGUGGAGAAGAACGAAUAAGAAACACAGCGUCCAGCAAAGAAUGAGUGAAACCUUUUCUGAUGUCUGUAUUUCCAUAACGAUAACCUCAUUAACCAAUUUUAUAUCAUUCAUUUUAGGAGUAAUAACUCCUUAUAGAAAUAUUCGUAUCUUCAGUAUAUACAGCGCCAUAUCCGUGUUAUUCGACUAUAUUUAUCAAAUAUUUUUCUUUGGUGCGGUGAUGGCAAUCGAUGGAUACAGAGAAAAACAUAACUUUCACUCCGUAUUUUUAUAUCACGUUCCAGAAGAUGUGACAGACAUAAAGCCCAUGAAUAUAAACAGAAGAAUAAUGUUAGAUUCAGAGGAUGAAAAUAAUUCCGCUAAGAAGAAUAAAUUAACGAAUCGAAAAAAGAGAAGAAGAAUUAUAGAGGUAGAAUCUUCAUCAGAUGAAGAUAUUGUUAUUGAGAACUUGGAUUAUGCGAAACAAAACAAAGAAAAAUAUUUGCAACAAAUAAACAAAAUUAAGCGAAAUAAUGGACAAAAAUACUAUACAAAAAGAGGAAAAUUCAUUCCUGCAAAACAAUUUGAAUCCAAAAAUUGUAAUUGCUCGCAGAAAUGUAUAGAACGUAUUAAUGAAGCACAACGUAUGGAAAUUUUUGAUAAGUUCUGGAAUAUAGGUGAUUUUAAUAAACAAAAUGUAUUUUUAUAUGGUAGUGUUCAACGAAAAUCUGUAAAUAGAAGACGGCCUAGAAAUAAUUCGGGCACUAAAAGAGCAUAUGCUUAUAAAUUUUACCUAGUCACUUCUGGUGGAAACAUUUUAGUAUGUAAGAAGUGUUUCAUUAAUACUUUCCAAAUAUCUACUGGACGAAUUGAUCGUAUCCUAAAAUCGCAUGAGAACAUUCCGAAUGACAUGCGUGGAAAAAUGGAUGGCUCUUGCAGAAGAACUAGUGAGCUACUGACGAAUACAGUGAUAGACCACAUAAAAAGCUUUCCGGCAUUUGAAAGUCAUUACACACGAUCGCAAAAUCCAGAACGAAUGUUUUUAAAUCCGGAAUUAAAUAUAAGAAAAAUGUAUAGUUUAUAUUUGGAAAAAUGCAAGGAAAACAACUUGAGCUCAGUUAAUGAAUGGACAUACAGGAAAAUCUUUAAACGAGAUUUUAAGUUACGCUUCCAUUUGCCACGUAAAGAUACCUGUGCGAAAUGCGAUUUCCUAAACAUGAAAAUUAAGACUAUAACUGAUGACGACGAAAAAACGAUUCUUGUAGAAAGACAUGAUAUUCACUUGCAAAAUGCUGAAUUAUCAAGAAAAGCAUUACAAGAGGAUAAAAUUCUAGCAUCGGGAAAUCCUGAUAAAUACUUUGCUUUCACUUUUGAUUUACAAAAAGCCUUACCAUACCCGAAAUUGUCUGUCUCAAUCGCAUAUUACAAACGAAAUAUGUACGUCUUAAACGAGGGUUUUCACAAUUUACACAAUAAUAACGUUAAUAUGUAUGUGUGGGACGAAACCAUUGCGUCUAGGGGAUCGCAAGAGGUGGCUUCAUGCUGUUUGAAGCACUUAGAAAAUGUAACGACCCAAAGCCAUGUUAUUGCCUACAGUGACAUGUGUACUGGGCAAAAUCGAAAUUUACAAAUGGCAUUGAUGUGGUUGAAGGUUGUCCAGUCGAAAAACAACAUUGAGAUAAUUGACCACAAAUUUUUACUCUCGGGGCAUUCAUACCUUCCGAACGAUGCAGAUUUUGGCAUCAUAGAAAUGGCAUUGAGAAAAAUGAAUUUUGUGUACACUCCACAAGAUUACUAUAAUGUAUAUAUUUUAGUAAAAAAUUUAAUUAAGUUUGUUUUUGAAGGUAUCGGGAUGGACGAUUCUUUCGUAUUGUUGGCUGCGUGGAGAAGAACGAAUAAGAAACACAGCGUCCAGCAAAGAAUGAGUGAAACCUUUUCUGAUGUCUGUAUUUCCAUAACGAUAACCUCAUUAACCAAUUUUAUAUCAUUCAUUUUAGGAGUAAUAACUCCUUAUAGAAAUAUUCGUAUCUUCAGUAUAUACAGCGCCAUAUCCGUGUUAUUCGACUAUAUUUAUCAAAUAUUUUUCUUUGGUGCGGUGAUGGCAAUCGAUGGAUACAGAGAAAAACAUAACUUUCACUCCGUAUUUUUAUAUCACGUUCCAGAAGAUGUGACAGAAAGAAAAUCAUCACAUAUCGAAAAAAUUGUAAAGGUCAUCAAAAAAGUGGAAUGUUUCCCCGAAAAAUUUGGUGGUUUUAUGAGUAAAAGUUUCAUCAAAGUAUUAGUAAUGUUUUCAUUCAUUUCUCUACUUACAGGCGCAAUUUAUAAUAUGAUUUCAAUGGAACAAGGAUUGAAUUUCACUGAUAUGUUUCCAUUCAACUCUUAUGCUGAAAAGUAUAUGAAAAAGCAUUAUCAAUAUUUUACCGAUUAUCCUUUCAGAGUACAGCUCGUGUUUAAUCAAACUCUAGAUUAUUCAAAUCCAUCCGUUCAAAUGGACAUAGAAAACAUCUUAAGAACAUUCGAAAGUGCUCCUUACAUGACUGGACCCAAUUAUACCGAAUGUUGGUUGAGAGAAUAUUUGUCUUAUAUUCGUGAUUCUAGAAUAAAUUACUUGAUUAAAGAUUUUGAUGUAAAUACAACGCAGGGAUUUCUAGACGGAUUGAAAAAGGUGUUUUUAAAAUUUUACAAUAAAAUAUUUGAAAGUGAUAUCUUGUGGAAUAAGGAACGUGAUCAAAUUUUUGCUUCGAGAUGUUUGUUUUCAUAUCGCAAUGUCAGAAGCGGAAGUGACGAAAAAUUUUUAAUCGAAGAAUUACGUAAAGUUGCAGCUGAGAGCAAAUAUGAUGUGUUUGUUUAUAACAUGUGGUUUGUAUUGUACGACCAGUAUUUAAAUAUGCCUGCAAUAUACUUAAAAUCCGUAGGAAUCGCUAUUUUGUCUGUAUUUGUUAUAUUCUUUACAUUUAUUUCUGACAUAUCUUACAGCAUUGCUGUUUUAUUUACUGUUAUUUGUAUUCAACUGGAAACUUUGGGUUAUGGAAGUGUAUGGAAUGUCAGUUUAGAUAUGAUUUCUGUGAUGUUUUUAAUAAUGAGCGCGGGAUUUUGUGUUGAUUACUCGGUGCACAUUGCUCACGCUUACAAAAAUUGCGAAGAAACAGAUUCUAGUGAGAAAAUAAAAGCAUCCUUGCAAUGCAUAGGAUAUCCGAUUGUUCAAGGAUGUUUAUCUACUGUCAUCGGAGCAUUUGUUUGCAUUUUCGGACCGUCUUAUUUGUUUAUUGUAUUUUUUAAGGUGGUUGUCUUAGUUAUGAUAUUCUCAGUGUUUAACGGUUUAAUUGCAUUACCUAUUAUCCUUAGUAUCGUUGAUUCAAUUCACAUUCCUUGGAUGAAGCAACUUAACAUUAUCACAUCACGUUGAAUGUAUUAUUGUUGUUUGUAUUUUGAAUUGUUUAAAAAUGUAAUGCAUUACGAUAAAAUUAAUAAAAGUUAAUCUUACGUACACAAAACCAAUAGAAUUACACAAGAUUAUGUUGAUAUUCGAUACAAAUGUAGAAAAUAAAAUUGAUAUUUUUAGAACUGUUGUGUAGAAAUGAACAUAAUUUUGCAACAUUGU